CAUUGAUAAUCGUAGUGUGUUGUAAAGAACUUUAAUUAUCAUUUAAUUCGUCGCCGGCACCACCUGCAUCUAUUGUGGGUGUGAUACUGUCGAUGUUUGUUGUUGUUGCGGCUGUUAUUUAAAUACACAAGUUACUACGCAUCACAAGAGAGAGGGUGGACACACCAAACGAAUACGCUUGGAAGAGAAACUCAAUUGCAAAAGUCGCGUGUGCCGCAGCGGCUUGCGAUUCAUCGUCAGCAAAGAAAAAAUGUCUUGUCUUCGGCAAUUCGAGACUAAUGCGUUACUUGAUAACAUUGAGAUGGAAUUGCAAAUGGAGAACAAGAGAAAAGAAUUGAAGGAAAUUAGAGAACAGAAGAAAAAGUUGCUUGCCUUGCAGGACAAAACAGAAUCAAAUUACAGGAUGACGUCCAAUCUGGAAAAUCAACUGGAGGAAACAACAAAGAGAUUAGAAAUAACCUCCAGAGAAAGAGAUAAAUUUGAGAGGGAACUUGUCACAACUAAAUCAGAAUUAGCUGGAAUCAAACGUACUCUGGACCUGGAGCGUCAAGAGAGAAGAGAAUUAGAAACAAGAGCCUUAAAUUUGAUAAAAAGUGCAAAGAAAAAGUGGGAGAAUGCAGAGAAAGACAAAGUUGCUCAACUGAAUAAACACAUUGAAUCUCAAACUGUACGCAUCACAGAAUUGUGUACGAGUAACAACGAAAUGAGUUCUAGGCUACAGCGAAUGGAGUGUGAACUUGAAACUGCCAAUGCAGAACUUCAUAAGUUAAGAGUCUUUCAGGUACAAUACAAAGAGUCUCUCUCCAAAAUGCGAGAAUUAAACCGUCAAAGUGCAGUUGGAGUUGAAAAUAAGCUUGAACAGAUAUCUGCAAGAGCACACAAUCAAAUAGCAGAGCUUAGAUCCAAGUUAGAGUUGGAAACUGCAAAAAACAUUGAAUUGGAAUCCAAACUGAGGAAUGAGCAAGAUUCCAAUCAUUGUCGACAAUCCAGACUCAACAUGGGAAUGGAAUUGGCUCAAAAUGAAUUGAAAGACUGUCAAGAGCAGCUUAGAAGUUUAAAAGCAACAAUCCCAGCGAGAGAUGCUGAAAUAGAGACACUGAAAAAUCAGUUGCACGAAAAAGCUAAGCAGUUGGAAAGUGCAAACAACGCGGAACAAUUUGCUGUUACGCUUCAAGAGCAAGUGGAUAGACUUAAAAUAGAAAAUGAUCAGUUGAAGAGACAAUUGGAGACUACCAAAUCAGAUUUGAAUGAGACAGCAAUAAAUUUGGAAGUAAACGAAGCUCUUGCUGCGAAUCUGGAAAAAGCUACACAAGAUAAAGAUGCGUUAGAAGAACGAUUGAAAAAUACUCUAAAAAAAGAAGAGGAACAAGGUAAAAAAGUUGGCGAUCUGGAAGAGUUGGUGCGACGCUUUGAGAAAAGCGUAGUCAAGUUGGAAGCUGAAAAUGCGACUCUUAAAAGUGGACAGAAUCGUUCGUCCCUAAAUCGUCGCUCGGGCUCAACAAUUGAAGAUACUGUAAAGAUAUCUGGUCUCGUGCAGCAAAUCGAAAGCUUAGAGCAGCAGCUCAAGAGUUGCAAAGAAAAUUUGUCAACUGAACGUCAAAAUGCCAAACAGGCUCAGAUAAACUUUUUUAAAAAGGAAAGGGAACUGUCGGAAGCAAAUUUGGAUAAAAGAAUAGCUGUAAGGGAGGCAAAGGCGGCUGAAGAGAAGAUAAAAAAAUUGCAGGAAGAGAAACAAAGAGUUUCAGAAAGAUUGAACAACAGGAUCAAAGAAGAUGAUGAAAAACUUAAAAAAGCUGAAAAAGAGCUGGAGUCUUUGAAAGUUUCAUUGGCUGAUGCAUCAAAAGAGGCAUCACGAAACAAGCUUCAAGCUGAUUCAGCUCAGAGGGCUUUAACUCAGGCUAAUAAGCAGAUAGAGGAACUACAAAGCUCCAGUGCAUCACUACGCCGUGAACUCGAUUUUACUCGCAAACAGUUGCGUGGUAAUGAAAGUCGCACGGAUUCCAUCCAGAGCGAAAAUGAGCGGCUAUCCACGAGGCUUGCUAAACUCAAUGAAGAAAAUAAUGAACUUGAAGUGAAGCUCGAAAGGAUACAACAACAAGCGAAUGGGUACCAAGUGAACAUAGACCUUUUGAAAGAAACCUGCACCGUUCUCGAGGAACAACUCAACGACUACGAGAAGCUUACAAGCAACCAUGAAACGCGUGAGAAUACAUUGGUACAGGAAAAAAUGAAACUCCAGAAAGACCUGGAAACAAUUGAGACAAAACUGCGCGAGGCAAAGGUGGCUUUCAACGAAGAGAAAACGAUGCGAUUAGUGGCAGAACGAGCGAUCGAGCGCCUCGAAUCAGAAACUAGUGACAUCGAGGAAGAGAGGAACGACUUGGUCAGCCAGUGCGACCAGUACAGGAAAAUGACUCAGCAGUUGAACAAACAGGUUGCAGAAUUACAGCAGAGAUGCGAAAAAUUAGAGUGCGAGUUAUCAGAAAUGAGGCGAAAUCUUGAAAUAUCCAAAGCUGAAGCACGAAUUGUAAAGGAGGAAAGUACGCAGCAUCUCACACGAGUGCAUCAGCUAAAGGAGGAGAAUGAAUCACUAAACAUCGACUUACAAGACAGCGUGGAUCAGAAUCAAGACUUGAGAGAAAGAGUUGCUGAAUUAGAGGAGGUGCUUACCGAAAUGCGUCAGUUCUACCAAGAACGCGAGAUGAAAGCAGGCAGUACUUGCCAACAACAGACCAAACUUAUCGACUAUUUGCAAUUAAAGCUUGAGGAAAGUAGUAAGCGCAAGAAGAAUGUGUGUAACAAGAUUUUUGGUUCCAAGCAGAAAGAAAACAUACCACCAGUAAACCCUAACGCCUUGCCCGUUGGUUACCGCGAGCUAGAAAAUCAAUUGGAACAAGAGCGGGCCAAAGUUAAAACGUUGACGGAGCAACUGCUUGUCGUUAAAGCCUCGCGGGCAAUAAGUCCGACUCCUGUGUCGAAUCAUGCAUCACCAGAAAAGCUGCACACAGACGUGUCUGACGAAGUUAUGGCGAGACAGGCUUCCAUGCAACGAAUGCGGCACAACAUACCGCACAGGUUCAAUAUAAGCUUGCCGAUGAGGCCUGGAAAGUGCGCGGCAUGCAUGGAGUCGAUACAAUUCGGUAAGAGAGCGACAAUUUGCAACGAAUGCCAAAUCAUGACGCACGUCAAGUGUUCAACGUCGGUGCCGGCCAACUGUGGCCUUCCUGGAGGAUUCGCGAGACAACUUGGCAGAAAUUUAAGAUCUAGCUCGGAGAGCUUGUCAAGUUUGGGUGGUAGUGUACAAACCUUGGCAAUCGACGAGCCAGAUAUGAUUCCCGAAAGAGACACUGGGGGCGGGAUCAAGCCCCCGGAAAACUCUACCUUGAUGGAGGGCUGGGUGAAAUUGCCAGGUCGUGCCAAAGCUUCUUGGGAACGCAAGUACCUGAAAUUAGAUGGCUCUUGUCUGUGUACCUAUGAACAUCAGCCUAGUCCGGGAAUGAUGCCAAUCAAUCGGCUGGAUCUUGCAGAAAAAGACGGCUUCAUUGUUAGCGAGACGGUUCACCAGGCCGACGUGCCUGGAACUGCCAAGUCCGAUUUGCCUUUCAUACUUAGGAUAGAAUCUAAGUCACCUUCGACAUGCUGGCCAACGUCUAGGCUGGAUAUAAUGGCACUUAGUCAAUUGGAUAAGAAAAAGUGGCUCCAGGCGUUAAAAAUGUAUUCGAGUAAAUUAUCAAAGACCGAGAUCGUUCAUACAGUGCUGAAACUAGAGAAACAUCAAUUGGAUAUAAAUACUGCUGUAGAGUUGGAAGACGAGAAUGUGAUAUUGUUCGGUGCUGAGGAAGGUCUAUUUUCUUAUCAAGUUGGUCGAUCUCGUUGUUUAACGGCUAUACGAGGCGUUAAAAAAGUCUACCAGCUGACGUUGCAUCCGCAUGUGGGUCUUGCUAUGAUGAUAGCUGGUGAGGACCGUCAACUCGUUUCUUGUGAUCUACGACAGCUCAAAAGUAAUGCCUUGGCUGCCGAGUGCUCUAGACCAGCCAUCAACACGAAAGCAGUGCUUACAGGAUCCGACAGCUGUCACUUGUACCAAAUCCAAGGAGAAAUGCUUUGCGCAGCCACAGCCAGUCACGUAAUUUUACUCAAGUGGAUAACAAACGAAGAUUCUGGAGAAUUUAUAACUCUCAGAGAACUAGAGACACAAGAGCCAUGCAGCUGUGCCUUAUUUGCACGAAAUCUACUGAUUGUUGGUUGUCACAAAUUUUUCCAAAUCGAUGUCAAUAACUACUCUAUUGACGAUUUUCCGGAAGACGAUGACAAUUCAGUAAAAGCAGCUCUAAGCAGUGUGGCCAAACUAGGCAUUUUUCCGAUUCAUGUAUUAAAUAUUUCAAGCAGUUCCCAUAACAUUGAACUUUUACUUUGCUACAAUGAGUUUGGAGUUUUCGUUAAUGAAAAUGGACAGAGAACCCGGAGCAUUGACCCAUCGUGGAGUCAUCUACCUUUCGCAUUUGCUUACCGUAAACCAUAUCUCUUUAUCAUUCACUUCUCAUCGGUCGAAAUUAUCAAGCUCGACGCCGAUUCCUACAGAUCGUCUUCAGCGAAUCCAGAGAAACAGUUGAUAGAAUUAAAUAAUCCAAGAUAUUUGGGAUUAGCAGGACCUCGAGGAGUUUAUGUAUCCUCGGUAAAUUCUAUCCUGGAAGUUUUGAAAAUUGAAGGACCCGCAAACUUGCAGAGCCAAUGCAGCAGUCUCACAAGUUUAAAUUCAUGUUCGCAAAACGAUGAUGACAGCUCAUCUGAAUUCAGUCUAACUCCAAGUUUAAUAGACGUACUUGAUGGUCAAGGAAAAAAAGUACACUUUGCAAAUUCAUACGAUCACUGAAGAUGGCAUGACAAAUUGAAUUCUAUACAUGGCUUAAUGAUUUAAUGCAACUUAUUGUAAAUCAAGCGCUGCAGCGAAACGCAAGCCGUAUUUUGUAUUUCAUCAGCUUGUUUUAUUUCCGAAUAGAAUUGACUGAUCAAACCGUAAUACUCAGUUAUUAAAGUACUUAUGUUUACUGAAAAAAGGAAGAAAAAAAACAUCAAUACUAUAUUUAGUUAUCUUUGUAUUUUACACAAAUGAGUUCUUAUUGAAAAAGUUUGGAAAAUUGUACAUCCGAUAAUAUAUAUCAUAUUUAUACAUAACUUGUAGAUACAAACACAGCUUAAAAAAGAAAUUUAUCAUACAAUAAUGUGAGGUAGAUGUGUAAUUAUUAUUAAAUAACUAAAAGACUUGAUAAGUAGCCCUCGUAAGAUUUAUCCCAUGACUUUGGUAAUUUGAUAUUACUAAUUUAUAAAUAUAAAAAAGUCACGAAAAUUCUUGCCAUAACUUUUGUAAGUGGCUAUAAUAAUAUAGUACAAUGCAUUUUCAGCAGCAUUUUCUGUUGCAGAAAUAUA